AGGCCAUAACGUUUAGCAAGUGAUCCCUGGCAGUCAUGUUUACCCUCCUUCAGCUCUGGGUGUGGUGGCCCUUCCAUCUGUUCUGGGUGGCUUUCGUCGCCGGAUGGCCUCGCGGACCUGUCAGGGUGUUGUUGCAAACAGUGGCUUAAGUCACCAUCUGCUUCCAUUUACACAGCGACGAUAUGCAGGAUGGCGUCCAAAACGCUGCUCUGUAUAGUAAAGAAGCUGUAGAUGAGCCUGCGGGAAAAGGAAGGCACAACUUGGAAAACAGGACUUGGAUCUAAAUUUUAAUUGUAGUUGAGUCACUCUACCCGGCAGAGCAAUGGCGUUGUGGCUUGGAAAGCUUCCCUCUUCCAUUACUGUGUGGAUUUUUCCCCGGUCGUUGGAGGCUCCAAGUGACUAACUCCCGUUUUGAGCUUUGGAAAGUUAGUUCUCCUGUAAGACACGACGGUGCUGUUGCAGCGCUGAAAAGAGCUUUUGCUUUUCAACAAACUGGAGCGGAAACAAGAUGGAUUUUCACACGUGGUGAUAUGACUUUAUUGACAUUGCUUGUUCAUUAUAUUUCAUUAUAUUUCUGAAAAUGGAUUUUGCAUGAUCCUGGAAUCAGCUAGAGAAAAUAGUACAUGCGUUAAACCUUCUGCGAUUAGAUUUUUCUAAUGUAAGCUCAAUGUUGCAGUUGUCAAUCUAGACGUACAUCUACAUCUACAUGACAUGUACUGUAGACGUAGCAUAUUGACAUUGUGAGAAAAGCUUUUCAAGAACUUCCUGCUCCCUCCACUCAGGAUCACGUCACCACUUUCUUAUGAGCAAUGGAGGAGCAAAAAGCGAAGUUUUUCAGGACCCUCUCAGAAGAGGACAAUGAUGGUAUAAUGCAAAGAGGCAAUGGGCUGAGUGUUAAUGUGAGGAAAUACGGGGAUAUGGUUUCUGAGGAUGCCGAUGAGAACAGUAAACACUAUUUAUCAGGCAUCCCAUUGCCUCCUGUAGGGGAGGAGAUAACCUCUAUAUCAGAAGAUAACAUAAGUGGGAGAGAACCGGGAAAUGACUCAAACAUAACGAAAGAGGAGAGGAAAAAUGGCAACCUAACAGAGCAGCGCAGCGUGGCUGCAAACAAGAACUCACCGGACGAACAUUCCUCGGAGGAAUCUCUGCAACCAAAAUGCCGACCGGUUUCAGCUGACUGCACAAAUACAGGUUGCGAAUUUGUUGCAGCAGUCAGCGUGAAGCAGGAUGAUGCAGAAGAACCUAAUCAGAGAGGAGGAGGAGGCCACAAAAAUGAUCACGGUGGGGAAGAAUUUGUCACAAGUACAUUCACUUCGGAUGUGGGUUUUGACCCAGAGGGACUUGUGAAAAGUGAAUCCUCUAAAACCAAACGUGUAGUCAUAAUGGUCACUCGGACAGGACCUGUAGUUGAGGAAGAGGUUGAACCCACUGUAGUACCGUCUUUGGAGCAAACCGGAGGCACGUCCUGCUUUAAUAAGACUGCAGAAGAGGAGAGCGCAGGGGCAGAGGAGGACAGCCAAGAAGAACAGCAAGAGAAAAGAGAUGCUUUUCCAGAUUUUUCCUUCUUUUCUUUUCCAGAACUUCACCAUCCUCCCAACAUAGAAAAUACCUCAUCAAAUAUUUCCAUAACAUCUGCAGACAAUAACCCUCCAACUGGAUCCACCUGCACCACAGCCACCUUCUCCCCAGGUUCCCCCACUGACAUGCAGGUCCAGAUGCCGGCGCUCUUUAGCGGCCUGAGGGUCCUCAGGAAGGGGAUAGUCGGGCUUGAGCGCGACACCGUGGCCCAGAUCAAACCUCCGUCUCGUGGAACAAGAGGGGACACUUCCGCUGAGGAGGAGGGGGAAGCUAAAGUUCAGGGGAGCGUGCUGAACCAGAUCUCCCAAUUCCUGAACAGGGAAAAGAGAGGGGACGACAAAGAGGAAAUGAAGGAAAUGCAGGGUGAGGGAGAUCAGGAGGAGAAGGAGGAGAACCAUGUUCAAGAAAGUCAAGAGGGGGAGAAGAAGCUUAAAACAGGGGAGGGUGCCGGGGUUUCAUUGGAGUCUACGAAACCCUCCGUUUACAGUGCAGAAGCUGCAUUUGAUGCCUUCAAAGCUUUCUUUACCCCAAAGCCUUUGAAGAAAGAACCAACUCAGAAGGUGGACCUGGAUGCAGUGAGGAAGAAGAUAAGAGCAGACAAAGAUAUGCUAAGAGCACUUUUUGAGAAAACCUCCAACAAGACUUCCGAAAAGAAAGAACCACCUGAUGGCAAAUCAGAAGCAUUUACGCCAGAGGGAGAGGAAAGAACUCCUGGUCGCCUACAAGCCGUCUGGCCGCCACUUAAAGAGGAGAAAGUUGGGCUGAAAUACACAGAAGCAGAGCACCAGUCUUCUCUCCUGCACCUGAAGAGAGAAUGCAAAGAGGAGCUGGAGAAGCUACAGGAGGACUUGGGUCUGCAACUCUCCAGACUGAGGGUGGAGAACGAGGACAAUGUCGCCCGUCUGGCUGAGCUGCAGGCCCAACUCUCCCAGGUUGCCACACGUCGCCGUGGGGAACUCAAAGACGUCGCAGUGUCCACGGCAGACGACCUUUUACACAAAUCCUUCCGCACGGUGUGCAUCCAGACCGACCGAGAGACAUUUGUUAAGACUCACGGGGAUGGAGACGACUCAGGGAGGGUCUCCAUCGGCCCUCAGCAGCAGAAGCUGACCCCCAAAAAGCUGGACCUGGCUUCUAUCAGCCUCAGCCUAGCAGGUCAGAGGGAAGAAACCUCCUCCUCAACACAUGAAGCUCCAUCCCAAACUCUUCCUCCACCUGCAGUCACGCCGCCGCCUUUAGAACAACUUCCUGCUCCUUCUCAGGCAACCAAAACAGACAAUCUGCCUCCUCCCCCUCCUCCACCUCCUCUUCUGUCAUGUUUGUCUCCACCCUUAAACCACAUACAGCUGUCAAAUGGCCCUCCACCACCACCACCACCGCCUCCUCCAUCCAUGCCAGGCUUUGCUCCCCCGCCACCUCCUCCUCUGGUUGGGGGUCUUAUUGUUGAAAAACCUCCCAGGAAACCGACAGUGGAGCCUUCCCAACCCAUGAAGCCUCUUUACUGGAACAGAAUCCAGAUCCAAGACACCAAGAACAAGACAAUGUGGAAUAUGUUAGAGGAACCGAACAUAAACACCAGCGAGUUUGAGAAUCUCUUCGCCAAAACCAGCUCACAGACCAAGAAGAAGCCGCUGUCAGAGGCUUACCAGAAGAAGGCCAAAGACCGGAAGAUCAUCAAGCUGCUGGACAGUAAGCGCUCUCAGGCCGUGGCCAUACUCAUAUCGAGCCUGCACCUGGAGAUGAAAGACAUUCAACAAGCGGUAUUGGCAGUGGACCACUCUGUGGUGGACCUGGAGACUGUUGAAGCGUUGUAUGAAAAUCGAGCGCAGCCAGAGGAACUGGAGAGAAUCAAGAAACAUUACGAGACAUCAGAAGAAGAGGAAGUUAAACUGCUCGACAAACCUGAACAGUUCCUGUAUGAGCUGUCUCAGAUCCCAGACUUUGAGGGCAGAGCUCACUGCAUCAUCUUCAGGUCAGCCUUCCUCGAUGGGAUUGCGCUGAUCCAAACAAAGCUCAACACAGUCUCCUCUGUUUGCAAGGCUCUGCUGGAGAGCGACGGUGUGAUGGAUGUGAUGGGGCUGGUGUUGGCUCUGGGGAACCACAUGAACGGAGGCAACAGGACCAGAGGUCAGGCAGACGGCUUUGGUCUGGACAUUCUGCCUAAACUGAAGGAUGUCAAGAGCAGAGACAAUCGUAUCAGCCUGGUGGACUAUGUAGUGUCGUACUAUCUGCACAACAUGGACAAGAACGCCGGCACAGACAACAGUAUGUUCCCACUUCCUGAACCUCAGGAUGUCUUCCUGGCUGCACAGGUCAAGUUUGAUGACCUCAACAGAGACCUGAGACAGCUUGGACGCGAUCUGACAAGAUGUGAGAAAGAUGUGCGGAACGUUUGCUCUGUUUCCCUUGAAGAACACCUGCAGCCGUUUAAGGGGAAGAUGGAGGCUUUCUGUCUCAGCGCACGAAAGGAACACGCAGAAGCUUUGCAUCAGUUGAUGACUGUUCAAAAAAGUUUUCAGGACUUAGUUCUGUUCUUUGGACUGAAGCCCAAGACAGGGGAGCAUGAGGUGACCACCGGCCAUCUCUUCAUGCUCUGGUUUGAGUUUUGUGCAGACUUCAAGACCAGGUGGAAGAGGGAGAACAAGAACAUCUCAACAGAGAGAUUAAAAGAGGCGCAGCUGUCAGUGAAGAGGAUCACAUCAGAGAAGAAGGUGGAGACCAGAAAGAUCAACCCCAACAGCUUAAAAGACCGACUGCGUCAGAAAGAAGCAAACAUGUUCUCAACAUAAGAUACAAAAUCAUUGUUACUUCUACCAGACAAUAAAGAAUUGUCAUCAUUUACAGAUAGUUUUGUUUUAUAAUUUGCUCCCUAAAAUGUGCUGAGAUGUUAAAGACAAAAACAACAAUAAAUGUGUAAUAUUCAGAAAUCACUAUAAACACAAGUGAUGUAUUGUUUGGAAAUCGUCUCGUAUCGUCUUUUACGUAAAUGAUUAGCAUUUAUUUUUGUCAAUCUUCUUAAUAAAAUCUGAUCAGACAUG